CGAGAUGCUGUGAUCUGAAGCGGGUGAUGGGAUACGGUCAUUGUUCUUUCUUCAAUUAAAACAUACAGCGUUUGGAAAUAAACAGCAGGGAUGAAGUUGUUGUGACAGUCCAGUGCUUCUGCUGGGCAGAUGGAGCGGUUCCACUGGGUGCAGCAUCGUUGUCGGCAGCUGCUAGAAGGACAGUCUGUGCAACACUGGUAUUCUGCCCCCAAUGGCGUGCCCGACAAAAACUCCCAGGAUGCCCAUUGCUCUCCACAUAGAGUCAGUGGGAAGCAGAGAACAGUGUUUGGCCGCCACGGGCCCCACCAACAGGAAUAUGAAACCAUCUCCAGAAACUACAAGAGCAAUGUCAUCCGCACCACCAAGUAUAACUUGUUGACCUUUAUCCCCAUGAACCUGUUCCAGCAGUUCCACAGGGUUGCCAACCUCUAUUUCCUGUUCCUGGCAUUAUUGAACUGGGUGCCAGUUGUUGAAGCUUUUCAGAAGGAAAUUACCAUGAUUCCUCUGCUUGUGGUCCUCACUGUUAUUGCUAUCAAAGAUGCCCUGGAAGACUACAGACGGUACUUGUUUGACAAGAAGAUCAACAACAAUGCAGUGCGAGUGUUCUGCGGCAAGCAGAAAGCCUACACUGACCAGCGCUGGAAGGAUGUGCAAGUCGGAGACUUUGUUUUUCUGUCCUGUAAUGAGAUCAUUCCUGCCGACAUAGUGCUGCUGUAUUCCUCUGACCCCAGUGGCGUUUGUUACAUUGAAACAGCCAACCUGGAUGGAGAGACCAACCUGAAACAGAGGCAGGUGGUUUCAGACCUCUUGCUGCAGGGAGUAGAGUUUUCCCCUGAGAGCUUCCACAGCCGUAUUGUGUGUGAGAACCCCAACAAUGACCUCAGCAGGUUCAGAGGCUACAUGGAGCACUCUAGUGGGGUUCGUGUAGGCCUCCAUAACAACAACCUCCUACUGAGGAGCUGCACUAUCCGCAACACUCAGACUGUGGUGGGCAUUGUGGUCUAUGCUGGUCAUGAGACCAAAGCCAUGAUGAACAACACAGGGCCGAGGUAUAAGCGUAGCCAGCUGGAAAAGCAUCUGAACAAAGACAUUUUGUGGUGUGUGGUCCUGCUCUUCAUCAUGUGUCUAACUGCUGCUAUAGGUCAUGGCCUCUGGCUGAAGAACCUCAAGGACCCUGUCUUUCAGGUUGAUGAGGAGAUGUCUCCUGCCCUGGCUGGAUUCUGUGUCUUCUGGACUAUGAUCAUUGUGCUUCAGGUGCUGAUCCCUAUUUCUCUGUAUGUGUCCAUUGAGAUUGUGAAACUGGGCCAAAUCUAUUUCAUCCACAAUGACUUAGCCCUGUACAAUGAGCAGCUGGACUCCAGAAUCCUGUGCCGAGCCCUCAACAUCACUGAGGAACUGGGUCAGAUACAGUACCUGUUCUCUGAUAAGACAGGAACUCUGACAGAGAACAAGAUGGUGUUCUGCCGCUGCAGUAUCUAUGGGGUUGAAUAUCCUCAUGAGGAAAAUGCUCAUAGGCUAAAGAUGUAUGAAGAAGAAAAGACUGAGGCAGCUGUUUGCUCCAUGACUUUGAAGUCUGGCUACAGUGUUAAAUCUUUGAGCUGUCGUUCACUCGGUUGCAACCGGAGCUCUGUGUCUCUAAACACACUCAACACUGAGUCAGAAGAGGAGGAGGACCAACUGUUUGGGAAAAGGACCAGUGCCUUCUGCAGUCGCAUGGCAAAGGAGGUGGUGCCGGAUCCUGAGCUGGUGAAGAAGUUAAAUUGGCUUUCCUGUCCUGUGCUCCCUCUGAGUGAAGGCUCCCCUGGGACUCCAUCGAGCUUGGAGCUCACCUACAUCAUUGACUUCUUCCUGGCUCUGGCCAUCUGUAACAGUGUGGUGGUCUCCUCACCCAGCCAGCCUCAAAAUGUGGUGCCUGAAGCAGGAACACCUCUCAGAUCCCUGGAGGAAAUCAAACUGAUGUUCCAGCACUUCAGUUUCUCUCCUUUCUCAGCCCUGACCACAAUCUCCCCUCCCCAGAUCAAAAGCAGCCCUGGCAGCAGGCAGUUCACUCAUGGGAAGACCAACUCCUUCACAUUCUCUACACCUCCAAGCAGCACUACAGUUGGAUCUGAAUCAGGCCAAGAAAGCAGCCUUGAAACCUCCAACCUUAAACUGCAUUUGUCUGCAAGAAGAGAGAGAGGAGAUAUUGGACAGCUGGAUAGCAGGGAGACAGAGGGUGAUAUCAGCAAAACAAAGAUAAACCCUGACAUGGCCAAGCAGGAUGUAGAGGGCCUGACUAGAGAAAUGGAUAAUGAUGAUGAAUUAGUGUAUGAGGCAGAGUGUCCAGAUGAGGAAGCUCUGGUCCACGCAGCCCGUGCAUACCGCUGCACCCUCAGGGGGCGCUCUGCAGACAGCCUGCUGGUGGAUCUACCAGGAAUUGGUCCUUUGGUUAUCCAGCUACUUCACAUCUUGCCCUUUGACUCCAACAGGAAGAUGAUGUCAGUGGUAGUUCGCCACCCAGUCACUGGACAAGUGGUGGUUUACACUAAGGGAGCUGACUCUGUCGUUAUGGGUCUGGCUGAGACACCUACAUGUGCAGAGCAGGCUCAGGAGAUCCACACUCACAUCAGAAAGCAAAGCCAAAAACAUUUAGACAGCUAUGCCAGAGAAGGCCUCCGCACACUCUGCAUCGCUAAAAAGGUUUUGGAGGAGGAGGAGUAUGAAGUGUGGCUCAAAAGACAUCUGCUGGCAGAAAGCAGCAUAGAGAACAGAGAGGAGCUGAUCCUGGAGUCAGCUCAGAGACUGGAGACCAACCUCACCCUGCUGGGUACCACAGGGAUUGUAGACAGGCUGCAAGAGGAAGUCCCAGAGACCAUUGAAGCUCUUCAGAGGGCUGGGAUCAAAAUCUGGGUCCUCACUGGAGACAAACAGGAGACGGCAAUCAACAUCGCCUAUUCCUGUAAAAUCCUCUGUCCCAAUGAUCAACUGCUGACAGCCAACUGUGGAAGCAAGGAUGUGUGUGCAGCUAUACUUGAGGAGCUCAAACUGGAAGUGCAGCGUUGUGAGGACAGUUUGACCAGAAUUACUUCAAAAAAGAAUUGUGGGAACUCCUUUUUAUGCACUGUGGCCAGCUUCAUUCUGGUUAUAGAUGGCCAGACAUUAGACUGGGCCCUGCAGGAAGAUCUGAAGAGUGACUUCCUGGAGCUUAGCCGUAGAUGCAAAGCAGUCAUCUGCUGCAGGUCCACUCCACUGCAAAAGAGCCAGGUGGUCCACCUGAUUGGGAAAGAGCUUGGAGUCAUCACACUGGCUGUGGGGGAUGGAGCCAAUGAUGUGAGCAUGAUUCAGAUGGCUGAUGUGGGCAUUGGAAUAUCUGGUCAGGAGGGUAUGCAGGCUGUGAUGUCCAGUGACUUUGCCAUCUCCAGGUUUAAACAUCUUAGCAAGCUGUUGCUAGUCCAUGGCCACUGGUGUUACUCUCGUCUUGCAAACAUGAUCCUCUACUUCAUCUACAAAAAUGUGAUGUUUGUAAAUCUGCUCUUCUGGUAUCAGUUUUUUUGUGGUUUCUCUGGGAGCGUCAUGACCAACGCCUGGGUGCUAAUCAUCUUCAACCUGCUUUUCACCUCCAUCCCUCCUCUAAUCUAUGGCGUCCUGGAUCAAAACAUGUCUGCAGACUUACUGAUGGGGCUGCCUGAGCUCUACCAGGCUACACAAACCUCCCAGGUCUAUGUUCCUUGUAUGUUCUGGAUCACAGUUCUGGAUGCUUUUUACCAAAGCCUUGUCUGCUUCUUUGUGCCGUACUUUGCCUUAGCAGGGUCAGAUGCCGGUGAGCUGACGCUCGGCUCUCCAAUCAAUGCCUCAGCUCUCUUCAUCAUCUUGCUGCAUCAAGUCCUUGAGAGUCACACUCUGACAUGGAUUCAUGUUCUGGUGCUGGUGCUCAGUGGUGGUUCCUACUUUGGUUUUGUGCUGCUCCUCAGUGUGUUUUGUGUGACCUGCAACCCCCCCACAAACCCUGUGGGGGUGGAAACGCUCCAGAUGUCCCAGCCACUCUUCUACUUUGUCUGUGCUCUUACUACUGUGACAGCUCUGAUACCUCGGGUGCUGUUUCGAGCUCUGCAUAACACCCUAAACCCCUCUGCUGUUCUGAAAUUGGCUCCGAUGGACAAGGUGAAUUCAGAGAAAUACCACGAGAGAAUGCAACGUUGGAACCUGAGCCACUCCAAAGUCAAAAGGCUACCAUUGGGCGCUGACAACCCUGGCCUGGAGCCCAGUACAGCUUCAGAGGUGUCCUGACUUUUAACUACACACAUACAGGCAGACAUCUGCUGGCAGAGCAAACAGGAUUAUACCAGAGUUUGACCUGACCAGGAAAAGAAAGGCCCAAAUGUUCACAAAAGGCUCUUGUACAUGUCACGGCCAGAAAAGCAACAAUGUGAUUAUUACUUACUGCCUAAUAGGCAGGUUUUCUGGUGACAAACCUUUGAGGAUGUGCAUGUACUGGGGGAGAAAGCGCACUAGUGCACUGUUAUGCUUGCUUAUCUUUUGGAGAUUUUCAUCAUUUUAAGUAGUAAUCAAUCUGUUGAACAAAGCCAUUGAUUACCUUCCUUUAGUAACAGACCAUGUGUAGUCUUUCACUGAAGUGCUCAACAGCUGACAUAAAAACACAGAGCAAUAUCGUUCAUAUUCAUAUCACUUAUCUACAUUUUCCAAAACUUGCAGUAGAUAAAUGUAGAUAAUACUAGUAUUGUAACAUGUUACAGUAUAUGUUGCAGUUACCCUCGUUUCUACUUGUAACAGUCACACCAGUGAUAGAGCCGUUACCCCACCAUUGGAUUAGCUCAUUUUAAUAAAUAAAAUGCUCUGUGCGGUCAAUACACGAUGUGAUCAUUUUACACGGACAGUGCAGAUAAAACACAUAAGACUCAGAGAAACAAAGUAAAAAAAAUAUGAGCCUUCAAAUAGCUGUGCAUCUAGCAGCAGUAAGUGAGCAGAGAGGAGCAGCAGGUAGCGUUGAGGGCCACACGUCCCAGUAAGUACAGUACAACAACAGUCAACGGCGUAGGUAGUCAGAUGGAAGCUAGUCUGAGCUUAUUGAGCAGGGUAGUGCUGUAAAUCAAAGGUUGCUCUGCUCUGGUUUGUUUCAAAUGUUGUUUCAACAUUUUAUAGCCGUCCUUCGAGCGGUUUACUGCUCAACAAGUUCUUGUCAUAAUAUUCUGCACAUAGUCUCAGUAUUUCUGCUUUGUUUUCUACCCCAUGAUUCAUGCGCAUCUCAUUAAUGAUGUUGCUUGGAAACUUGUCUAUUCCAUCCUCUUAACUACAGUCUGCUAAUUUACCACUUCUUUACGUAAUCGUGUUUUGGAACAUUUAACACUGAUCUUUUUUUAUUUGCACUACCUGGUGUUAACCAUGCACACUGGCAUGCUCACUGUGGUUGCAAGAUGUUUAUAGUCCUGUUAGUCACGGAUGGUUUUGUUUGUUGCCAUGGCUGCCAUGAAUAUCAGUAAAGUAUGAGAAUCGACUGAAAAACAAGAACACCAUUGAGUGACUUCAUCACAGUGAAUAUCAGGCCUGCAUUCAGCCACAUUACCCUCACGUGGUAAUACAGUUUGAGCACAGUUUGAAUUGAAACACUUCACUACAUUAACUCUUAUUGCACAGUUUAUUGUACAGAUUGAUACAGACUUGAUGUUCAUUGGUAUCAAUUGUUCCAUUCCAGCAAAUGUCAGCAGUAGGUGAACUGAAUUCCACAUUGUGUAAAAUGAGUGGAAACCAAAGAAGGCCUGGAAUGGUAGCAGUGCAUGUACAUUUCUAAAACAACAGCAUGGUUUCAAAAUGACUUUAAAGAAUGUCAUGUAUACAUGGACUAAAACAUGCCCUUCCACCGUGUGCAUGUAUGUCUGUAAAUGGGUGAAAAAAGGGGACUUGUAAAGCACUUUGUCAGUGAAGCUGGAAGGCAGAAGGUGUUUGGAGAUUAAAACUUAGUCAAGAAAAAAACAGAUGUUUCAUCAACAAAUUCUUAGCAACCACAAUCAAAUAGGGGGCCUGGGCUGUGCUGCUGCCACUGAGUGUAUUUAACUGUACCAGUGGUUUCUAGUCAGCAGGACAGGCUUUGUUUGUACCCAUGUAGGAGACAUCAAUUCCAGGAGAGGUUCGAUUUGGUGUCCUCUCUCUCUCUCCCUGUACCUUUCUGCAGGUUGCCCUGGCCCUGGAGCUCUACGAGCAGUCCCCAG